CCACUAUAGGGAGCCAGCCAGUGGAGAGUAACUAGGAAAGGAGUUGCAUGUGUCCUCUGGCUGAUUGAAGACCAGGCGUGCUGCAGCAUUCUUAAUCAGUUGUAACAAUCUUACACAAGCAGGUAGGCCAGCUAACAGUAAAUUACAAUAGUCAAUCUUGGAGAUAACCAUGGCCUGUACAAGAAGUUGUGUGGAAUCUUGUGUCAGAUAAUGUCUGAUCUUCCUAAUGUUGUAAAAGAUAAACCGACAUGAUUUUGCAAUGGAGGCUACAUGUUCAGAGAAGUGGAGAUAUAUGUGAGUAAUGCCUGCAGUGUGAAAUGGUUUUGGGGUGCAACACAGGACAGGACAUGAUGUCACACGAUGAUGUGCACUGCCCCCAAGGCCUUCUAAUGGUUGCACAAUACCACUGAGUUUCUUUGCCAUCUGAACCCCCCCCCCAAAAAUAAAUAAAUACAUAUUUACAAUGACCAUUCAGUAGCACUGACCUCACACUUUAGUUUAGCCGCUUUUAUUUAGGGGUUUAGUGUUAUGUGGCUACUGAACUGAAGCUGGAAACUAAAGUGCAACUUUGACAGUUGCUGAGGGCAGAAGUGAUAGCAUUGCAACUUCAGUUCAGGCAGGAAGGGUGUGUGAGCCUUCAGUGGUUUCCUCUCUGCUUGUAUCAGAUGUGCAGAACCAGUAGUGGGUGACAUGGGGCACACCCUUGUUGGUUUUAGUGGUAAUUUAAUGCCUCAAGUUGUGUUAUGAACAUGACGGUUUAAGGCACCAUAAGUUAUUCUUAAAGUGCCUUAGAUAUAUUCUCAUGCAGAUAGUGAAAGUCAAUCUUUAAUGAGCUACAGAUUCUAAAAAUACCUUCAGUGGUUAUCUUUAAUCAUGCCCAUGGCAUGUGUUCGAACCUCAACUGGUGCACGUUAAGCCUAUACUGUAAUGGCUCGUGACCAAAUUGCAAUGUGGUUGCCUUAAAAAAAAAACUACGUGUUUUUUAAGCCAUCGCUCUGCAGAAGUUUAAUGAUCUUGGCAGCGGGCUGCAUGUGACAUGGUUUCCGUUGCCUGCUUCCGCAAAUAUUCAGUGCUCAUAACGGUACAUGAAAAACAGUUGCAUCUCAGAUGCAACUGGCCAUUGGUGUGGACGUGUUGCCUGUGGCUAUGACGCGGAGUCGACCUGCCCGUGCCGCUGCGGAGGAGGACGCAAGCCCGUUAGCGUAAGUGGACGCUUCACCGAACACCAUCUACCGCCCACAUGAAACUUCAGCUCGAGUGUUGCUGCUGACUGUAGGUUACGGCUCAGAGACUGAGAUGUAGGCGACUGAUUUCAAUUCAGUGAAUAUGACAAGAUGCCUGUCCUCAGUCUGUUUCCCACACUGGGCCUUACUUUGGGUUACCUGAUGAUGACCGCAUUCUGCCAUCCACCUGUAUCAGCUUGCAAAUUGACACAGAGGAUGGCUCUAUGUGAUGCCCAACAGCUGGUUUCUGUGCCCGGAGAUCUGCCAGAGAACAUUGAAGACCUCUCCCUGAACAACAAUCACAUCAAGGCACUAGAAAAUGGCUGCCUCUCAAGAUACCGCCAACUACGAUCCCUCAGCUGUGCAAACAAUGACUUAGAAACAGUGGGGUCAAAUGUAUUCAGGGACUUACUCCAUUUAGAGAGCCUUAAUUUGGCAGAAAAUAUGCUUCGUUAUGGCGACGGCCAGACUGGGCAGUUCCUGCGCUUUUUAUCCAGUCUGAAGGUUUUAGACCUGUCAAGUAAUUCCAUCACUGAGGAUAUGGCUUCUGAGCUGCUGCAGAAUCUGACCUCUCUGGAACGCCUGUCUCUGUCCAGGAAUCUUCUGUCCAGGCUGGAUGAUUCCAUUUUCAGUGACCUUCACCAGCUUAAGGAGCUCAACCUUGAGAGAAACCAACUGUAUGAGAUUGAUGGGGCUUUUGAUAACCUAAACAAUCUCCAAAGACUCAACCUAGCCUUCAACCUUCUCCCCUGCCUUGUUCAGUUUGAGAUGACCCAGUUGCUUGUGUUGAAUGCCAGCCACAAUAACAUAGAGUGGUUCAUCACCAACCAGGACUUGAAAGAAACAUUUCGGUUGGAGACUCUAGAUCUGUCUGACAACAAGCUCUUAUUUUUCCCUUUUCUGCCAGCGAGCAGCCAUCUCCGCAAUCUUCUGCUUUCCCAAAACAAGAUCAGCUUUUACCACCAUCUGGCUAACAUGAGCAGAACCAACUGGACCAACAGCGUUGUCUUUUACAACCUCCAGGGAAAUGUAAGCAACGUCACGGCGGAGCUGUGGGACGAGACUCUGCAUGGUGACAUCUCCUCGCUGGAGCUGCUCGACCUGAGUGGAAACCUCAUCGCCAACUUCCCUCGGGGCUUCCUUCUGCAAAUGCCCCACUUGUAUCAGCUCAAACUGAGGACCAACUGUAUGGAGUCCCUCAACGUCUCCUCUGGGGAGCUGCCGGCCACCUUGCACGAGUUGGACGUCAGUAACAACCGGGUGACCACGCUUCACGCUGGACAGAGGGCCGUCAGUGACCUCAAUAAUCUCACCCAUCUCAACCUGAGCCUAAAUGACAUCCAGAGACUCCCACCCAAGCUAUUCUCCAGUCUGCCUCGGCUGAGCACAGCAGACCUCAGCUACAACACAAUAGGGGUGUGCGACCAGAAUGAGGAUACAAAUGCUAGCUAUACAGACUGUCUUGUUUGGGGGAAAAUUGGUUCGCUGAGACAGCUUCACCUGGCAGGGUGCAACAUAGUGGACCUAUCGCCCUCUGCUUUCGAGGGCUCUCCUCUGGUCCAUCUGGAACUCUCAAACAAUGUUGGCCUCCACUUGAAGCCAAAUUCUUUAGCAGGGCUGGCUGGAACUCUCCAGCACCUAGGGCUGGGGAACACAGGCCUGUUGAACUUUGACUUUUCCCCAUUCCACCACUUGAGAUCUCUCAACAUCUCAAAAAACUCAAUUUCCCAGCUGCCUGAGUCUUUAAUGGAGUUGGACCUAAAGCUCCUAGACUUGAGCGGCAACAACCUCACCACCAUACCCUCUGAACAGGCCAGCAGGCUGGCCCAGACACUAGAAUCUGUGUUUGUGAAUGGAAACCGUUUUAACUGCUGUCACUUGAACUGGUACAGAACGUUUGAAAAACUUGUUAAUAUUGUGGACCUAGCAGAGGUCAGAUGUUUUGACCAAACACACAAGACACAGAAUGUAGUUCAUUUUGACAGCCACAAAUGUGGUGCCAACAAUGAGGAGUCCAUUUGGUGGUACAUCCUGUUGUUGUCAUCGAUGAUUGUAAUUUUCUUAAGCAUCACUGGUUUGAUUUUCCUCACCCUCAAACCCAGAGUGUUACCCAACGCCAUAAAGAAGAAAUGCUGGAAAGCAACAUCCUACUAAUGUGCGCACACACACACUCACACACACACACGCACACACACACCAAAGUCAUGCGUAUGUCAUCAAACAUUUUGAUACAUUUUUGCAACAAAAUAUGUCAAAGAGCUUAUUGUUCUUUAUCAAUGUAAAUGAUUUUCUGCCAAAAUGUCACUACGUAUAUUGGUACUCAAUGCCUGUCAUGAAUCUGAUAUUAAAAUCCAUCUAUUAAUGA